AUGCCGGAAUGCCCGGAGCGCGGGGCCAAGGCGGCCCCCAUCCAUCAUAAAAUCUCCUUCUCCAUCUUAGACAUCCUGGAUCCCCAGAAAUUCAGCAGGAGACGCGAACCGGCCGCGGGGAGCUGGGGCAGCCCCCCCCGCUCGGGCGAGCGGGAGAAAAGUUUGGGAAGAGUUGAAGUAGGAAAGGACGCUGCUGCUCCCGGCAGCGGGAGGAAUAAACUAGAGGCACAUGAUGCGCACUCCCCGGCGGAGAGCGGCGCCGAGGCAGCGGGGCCGGAGCCCGACGAGGAGGGCACGCCCGGGGCCGGGGCCGGGACCGGGACCGGGACCCAGCCCGCCGGCCGCCCGCCCGGUCCGGAGGAGCCGGGCUCGCCGCGGGGCGCCAGGCGGCGGCGGGCCGAGGCGGGAUGCGGCAAGCCGCGGCGGGCGCGGACGGCCUUCACCUACGAGCAGCUGGUGGCCCUGGAGAACAAGUUUCGGGCCACGCGAUACCUGUCGGUCUGCGAGCGCCUCAGCCUGGCGCUCUCCCUCAGCCUCACCGAGACGCAGGUGAAGAUCUGGUUCCAGAACCGACGCACCAAGUGGAAGAAGCAGCACCCGGGCGCCGACGGGGCGGCCCCCGCCGCGUCCCCCGCCGCGCCGGCGGGCGGCGGCAGCCCCAGCCCGCCGGGCCCCGCCGCUCUGCCCUUCCAGACUUUCCCCUCCUACGCCGCCGCCAACGUCCUCGUCCCGCCGGCCGCCCCCUUCCCGCUGGGCGGGGGCCCCUUCGCGCCCUUCCUCGGCCCCGCGUACCUCGGCCCCUUCUACGCCCCGCACCUCUGAGGUGGGCAGAGACGCCGGGAGCCCGGCGGAGGGGCGGCGGGCCGCUCCCGGCCGGCGGGGCCG